AUGCUAAGUAGUGUGAAUAUGUGGCUGGCGGUCGGGAUUGCGCUUCUGUGCAUUUAUGGAUCAGCUGAAUCGAAAAGGAAUUUCAAAUGUCCUUCAGGAUGCUCCUGCUCCAAGGAGACCAUCAUCUGCGUCGGUACCUCACAGAUCCCCAGGACCAUACCGAAUGAGAUCAACUCCCUAAGCAUGGUCAAUGGAUCCAUUGCGGAAAUCACAGAGGGGAUGUUUUCACUGAUGCCUUCUCUUCAGCUGUUGCUUCUAAAUGCAAAUUCUUUGACCACAAUCAAAGACGAUGCCUUCUCUGGUCUGCCUCAUCUAGAAUAUCUAUUCAUUGAGGGGAACAAGAUUGAAACAAUCACCAAAAAUGCCUUCCGUGGUCUCCGAGGUUUGACUCAUCUCUCCCUUGCAAAUAACCAUAUGAGGUUUCUGCCAAGAGAUCUCUUUUUUGACUUGGAUUCGUUGCUGGAACUGGAUUUGCGAGGCAACUCUUUCCAGUGCAUUUGUGAGAACAAGUGGCUGAUGACAUGGCUGAAAAACACAAAUGCCACAGUGUCGGAUGUCUUCUGUGCCGGCCCCAAUGACAUGAAGGGCAAGCGGCUCAAUGACCUUCCUAUUCCACCAGGCGAAUGUAUUUCCACAGACUUUGUGCGUCAUCAGUCCAUUCCCAUUCAGUCCAUGUCAGCGGACAUCUUCUCCUUUAAAGAGGACAUCUACGUAGCAAUGGCUGCCCCCAACACCAACAGCUGCGUGGUCAUGGAGUGGGAUCACAUCGAAAUGAAUUUUAGGAAGUUUGAUAACAUAACAGGGAAGUCUGUUGUUGGAUGCAAGUCGGUGCUGAUUGAAAACCACGUCUUGAUAAUAGUUACUCAGCUGUUCGGCGGCUCCCACAUUUACAAGUUUGAUGAUCAACAAAACAAGUUCACCAAGUUUCAAACUAUCGAGGUGUUCAACAUCUCAAAGCCAAAUGACAUUGAGGUCUUUCAAAUGGAAGGCGAUUGGUAUUUUGUGAUCGUGGACAGCUCCAAGGCGGGACUGUCUACUCUCUACAAGUGGACCGACCAACCGGACCGCAAUGAAACUGGUUUCUACUCCUACCAGUUUCUCCACGAAUGGUUCCGGGACACGGAUGCUGAGUUUGUGGAGGUGGACGGAAAGUCUUAUCUGAUCUUAGCCAGUCGCUCUCAGCCGCCUGUCAUCUACCUGUGGAACAAGAGCACCCUGAAGUUCAUACUUCACGGUGAAAUCCCAAAUGUUGACGACGUGGUGGCGAUCAAAGCCUUUCGGGUGGAAGGUGACAUGUAUCUGGCCAUGACUUGUUACAUUGGUGACUCCAAAGUCCUCAAGUGGACCAAUAAGCAGUUCACUGAGGUGCAGCCUCUUCCCUCCCGAGGAGCCAUGAUCCUCCAGCCGUUCACCUUCGCAGACAGACACUAUCUCGCUCUUGGCAGUGAUUAUUCCUUCACGCAGAUCUACCUCUGGGAUGGGGAGACAAAAACAUUUCACAAGUUCAAGGACAUUUACGUGCAGUCGCCCCGCUCAUUCACCGUGGUCACCACUGAUCGGAGGAAUUUCAUCUUCUCCCCCAGCUUCAAGGGCAAAUCAAUGGUUUUUGAGCAUAUAUUUGUAGAUUUGAGCUUGUAA